GAGAGAGAGAGAGAGCGUCAAGAGGUUAAGUUGUCGUUUUCGUGACAGGCAUUUUUGCAGCGUUUGUAACGUUGUAGCAAGAUCGUGCAAGACGACGGAUACGAGCAAUUUAAAUGGAGUGCUUGAUAGGUAUUCAGUGCAAAGAUUUCGUGCUGGUUGCGGCAGAUAUGACAACCACACAAUCCAUCAUUGUUAUGAAAAAUGACGAGCACAAGAUUCAUAAAAUCUCCGACAAACUUGUUAUGGCAAUAUCUGGGGAGUCGGGUGAUACGACACAAUUUUCCGAGUACAUUGGAAAAAACAUUCAACUGUACAAAAUGAGGAAUGGCUACGAGCUGUCUCCUAAAGCAGCUGCUUGCUUCACCAGAAGGAAUCUGGCCGAUUAUCUCAGAAGUAGAACUCCGUACUUUGUCAAUAUGUUGCUGGCUGGAUACGACGACGAUGCCGGACCCGAAUUAUAUUUUAUCGAUUACUUGGCAUCCUGCGUGAAGGUGCCUUAUGCGACUCACGGAUACGGUGGAAUGUUCUCCAUGUCUGUCCUAGAUAGAUAUUAUAAAUACGACUGCACCGAAGAAGAGGCCUAUGUGUUAUUGAAGAAAUGUGUUGAGGAGAUUCAUAAACGGUUGAUCGUCAAUUUACCAAACUUUAAAGUUCAAAAAGUAUCUAAAGAUGGUAUAAAGAAUAUGCAACCAAUAACAGCUGAAAACUUGGCUGUCGAAAUUGUUGCUAAAGCAUAAGAGUGUCUGUCUCUUCUUUACGUAUAGGAAAAACUUUUUUUUUAAUAUAAUAAUAAUAAUAUAAUAUCUAAAUAUAACAGCAAUAUACUGAUCAA